GUCGUUUAGUCCGGCCCUGUUUAAGCUAAAAAUUGCGCAUGUAUGUUUCACAAAGGUAAUGUUGGGGUUGUUUAUCUAUUUUAAGUCUGUGGUUGACUCAUGUCAUCAUUAAUGAAAGAAAUAUUUAUUUGCGUGACAUUGACAAGUUGACAUUUCUAUUUCUAUCAUCUGUCACUAGUGACGUGACAUCUUGACAUUCCAUGACACCGUGAUCCUGUCAAGUUAAAGUAUUUUGACAUUGACAGUGACAUCAAGUUUCCGCAUAUACCGGACGUUACUCGGUGGUUACUCGAAAUGAAGUUCGAGAGUUCGAGAUACGAUAACGACGAGAGAGUUCAUUAAGCGCCAGUCUGACAUGUUCGUACAGGAAUUUCAAGAACAUCGUAGAAAAUAAGUGGCGACAACAACGUACAAUGGGCGUCGGCGUGUGGCGCGCGGUAGUGUUGUGUGCGCUGGUGGGGCUGGUGGGGCUGCCGGGGCUGGCGGGGCUGCAGCCCGAGCCGCGGCCGUGGCGCGCGCUGGGCGCGGCGGCCGCCUUCCGGCUGGAGACCACGCUGCAGCUCAACGACGCGGCGCGCACCAGCAAGGAGGUCGGCUACAAGCUGCGCGCGCGCCUGCUACUGCGCCCGCGCUGGGCGCGCGAUUCGUCCGAGUACUUGCUGGAGUUCCAGUUGCUUUCUCCUAAGCUGUACCUUAGAGGCAAGAACGUGAAUGCCGACUUCAUGCCAUACAGCUCGGUGUGGGACACUGUCGGGGACACCACCUUCUAUGCGCACUGGAGCCAUGGAUUGAUCAAAGAAGCUUAUCUCAACCCUGAUGAGUUAACAGAUGUGGCCAAUUACCAGAAAGCAAUAAUUAGUCUGUUUCAGUUUCAAAUGUUGAGCGGAGAACAUAACGAGACAGACGUGUCAGGCUCCUGUGAUGUACUCUAUGAAAGUAUUUCUGAAGAUGUGUUCAGGAAAAUAAAGCAGAGACGCUGCUUGGGAGACGAAGAAGCCGGAGUAGUCAGUGCUCGGCGACUGGCGCGCUACUCCUUGAGCGGGGAGCGGCUCGGGGCUCUGCAUGCAGAGGAACUGCUGGCCCUCGGACACGCACAGCUCGGGCUCAAGCUGCGCUCCUGGCACUCGCUGCAGGCCGACGGCGCCGCGCCCGCGCCCGCGCCCGCCGCCGGCCUGGCCGCCGCGCUGGCGCUGCUGCCCGCCGGCCUGCGCGCGGAGCCGCUGGGCCUGCGCCCCGCGCCCGGCGACGAGGACGAGGUCGAGGAGCUGGGCGAGCUCGUGCAGCGCUGGGCCGGGGCGCUGGCGGACGACGCGGCCGGCGCCGGCGGGGACGCGGCCGGACCGCGCGCCGCGCUGCAGCUGCUGCCCGCGCUGCGCCGCGCGCCCCGCGCCGCGCUGCAGGCGCUGCUGCGCGCGCAGGCGGCGCAGCCAGCGCUGCCGGGGCUGCUGCGCCUGCUGGCGCUGGCCGGCGCGCGCGCGGCCGUGCAGGCGGCGGCGGCCGAGCUGCAGCUGGCCGCGCGCGAGCUGCCGCUGGAGCCGGCGCGCGUGUUCCUGGCCGCCUUCGGCGCCGCGGACGACCCCGAGGAGGGCGCCGUGCUGGCCGUGCUGCGCCUGGCGGACGACGCGCGCCACCCCGCUGUCGCCGCUGCCGCGCUGCUGGCCGCCGCCGCCGCCGCCGCGCGCCAGCCCGCCGCCGCGCCGGUUGUCCGCGACGCGGCGCUGCGCGGCCUGGCGCGAUGUCGGGACCCGGAAUGUCGCGCACCGCGCCUGCUGGCGCUCGGCAACCUGCGCGCGCCCGCCGCCGACGUCCUGCUGCAGCACGCCGAGCGCGCCGACGCCGCCGCGCCCGCCGCGCUCUGGGCGCUGCAGGCCGCGCCGGCCGCCGCGCUGACCGACGCCCACCUGGAGCGCCUGGCGCGCCUGGCGCUGCGCCGCGACGUGCCGCUGGACGUGCGCGCCGCCGCGCUGGAGCUGCUGGUGCGGCGGCGCGCCGAGCUGCCGGCGGCGCUGGUGCCGGUGGCGGGCGCGCUGUACGUGGAGCGCGGCGCGGCGGCGCACGAGCUGCGCCGCGUGCUGUGGGGCCGCGCCGCCACGCUGCCGCCGCUGCGCGCGCUGCCGGCCAUGCUGAGCGGCGCGCUGGCCGGCUGGGACGCGGCCGCGCCGGCCGGCAGCAGCUCGGUGCUGCAGCGCGCGCCGGGCUGGGCGUGCGGCGGCUGGCACGCGGAGCUGCUGGCGCUGCAGGUGGCGGCGGGCGGCCUGCUGCGGCGCGGCGCGGUGCAGCUGCAGGCGCUGGACCCCGCCAACCGCACGCACGAAGUGUUGUCGAUCGAGGUGUGGACUAGAGGCCUGGAGGCGUUCAGCGGAGGCAACACGGACGGCGCGGAGCCAGACGCGUCGGCCGAGCCGGAGGAGCCGGCCGCCGGCCUGGCGCUGAGCGUGGCGGGCGCGCGCCUGCCCGACGUGCAGCUGUUCCAGGGCCAGGCCGAGCUGCUGGGCCACGUGUGGGCCGCCACGGCCAGCGCGCCCACGCCCGUGCUGCGCGCGCUGUGGGCGCGGGGCCGCGCGGGCCGCCUGGCGCUGCAGGCGGGGCUGUGGGCGCGCGGCCGGGCCGGCGCCGCGGCCUCGCUGGCGCUGGACGCGCACGCCACGCUGUCGCUGUGGACGCGCAGCGCGCGCGCGGCGCUGGCCCUGCGCGCGGCCGUGGCGGCGGAGGCGCGCGUGUCGGUGCGCGGCUGGGCGCGGCUGGCGGGCGCGGCGCGCGCGGAGCUGGCCCCGCGGCUGCGGGUGGGCGCGGACCUGGACUUCUACUCGGGCGUGGCGCUGUGCGUGCGCGCGGCGGCGGCCCCGCUGCGCGUCCGGCGCCGCAGCGCGCUGCGCAGCGACUGGGCGGGGGCGGGGGCGGGCGCGGGGGCGCGGGGGGCGCGGCUGCGCGUGCUGCGGGGGCGCGCGGAGGUGACGCGUGUGCCGGGGCGCACGCUGUCGCUGGGCCGGCCCAAUGACGUCACGUGCCGCACGCUGCUGUCGGCCGACGAGGACGAGGCCGAGGCCGAGGCCGCCGAAGAAGCCGACGACGAGGACGAUUCCGACGACAACUUGCUCGCCCCGCUCUGA